UUGAAAAACAUCAAAACUUCAGCAAUCUGUGAAGAGAGGAGGAAAGAGCUAUCCUUCUGUAGAGAAUAGAUUCAGAGCAAGUAAGACUGCAGUGGGAAAGGGAUCUGAAGCAAAAAGGCUUAAACAAAACACUCUUCUGGUUGCUUUUUGAAGCCAGCAGAAGUGUUUUGCCUGUGCCAGGGGGCUGGCAGCUUGUGGGUGGGCUGCUGAGCUAUCGUGGCUGGAGCUGACAUUGCCCACAGUGGACCAGGCUACCAGGCCAUAAGUACACACCAGGUACAACGCUGCACAAAGCAGUUUCAGUUUGAAGAAGACUUUAUUUUAUUAUACUGAAGUUAUGUCCAUAACUCCUCCGAUCCCCAUGCUGGGGGCUACUGCCAGCCUACUUCCAUAUGGACUGUGACGUCACAGAGUUAUCCCCACCUGCUGGACUAUGAUCUCAUGGCUCUGCCCAUGUAAGCCAGCGGCCAGCACUUUGUUUCUCCCAGUGCGGUCGUGACCAGCUUAGAGCGAUGGUUGCCGACAGCUUUCUCCUUAUCCCCAGCCUCCUGCUCCUGGUGGCCGGGGUGUCUCUGCUCACCAUUUCCUGGCGCCGACAGGGUUCUGACCGGCGCCAGCAAUGGUGGACAUGGUGGCUGCAAGUGGUGGCAUUGAAGUCAGGUGCUGAGAGGCAGGCAGGCAGGCAGAGAAGCCCCUUGUGCAGGCCACGUUGCUCCCAGCAGCAAGCAUCACGGUGGCAGGGCAGUCCCACCCUGCCCCAUCUCAUCCAGCCAGGAAAGACCCGGCCUUUGUUGCUGCGCAGUCUGUGCCCCUCUCUUCACAUGGACUCUGCCUCUGGUACCACGAGCUCUGUGGGGAAACCCAGCAGGCUUCCCAGGCAGGACCAGCGCCCGCAGGUUCUGGUGGCACGCGGGAUCCCCAGGACGCUCAGUCAGCGUCCUAGGCUAGGCGGUGGAGUUGAAGACCUGCCACCUGAGAUCUCCAACUGCACAAAGCCACCAGUGAAAGGGAUGGUCUUCCAGGAGGGCCUCGUUCAAAUGGAGGAGAGAAAACGCUGGUGGGACUACAAGACCAAGAGGCUUUUUUGGCAUAUGCUCUCCCCAGCACUUCCGAAAGGGUGCAAGAAAGCAGGAGCUGCAAGACCAUCCCAAAGACCGGCUCUGAGCCUGGAGAAAAAAGCAGACAGCAAAACUGAAACCUGCCAGCCCUUCAACUCUGGCUUCAGUGACAAGAGAAGCACAGAGAAAUUGGACAUGCUUGGUAUGGAAAGUCUGUACCGGCAGCUCCUGUUGUCCCUAAAACGUCCCAAGACUAACAAGUCAGGCAGUGGAACUGAAGAGCAACCACCUGUAACCUCUUCCUGCACGCUGCCACCGGUGAAAGGGACAAAUGCGCGUGAGAAUAUCAUUCAAACAGAGGAGGGGAAAUGCUGGUGGAGCAGCAAGGCCAAGAGGCCUUCUGAGUAUUGUAUACCCUCCCCAGCACUUCCCAGAGUCUAGACGGAAGCUGGAGCAACUGCAGGACCAACACCUCGGCCAGCUUCAAGCCUGCAACCAAGGAGACAGCAGAACUGAAACCUGCCAGCACCUAAACACUGCUGCCGUUGUUAUGGAUUUAUUGUUGACAUACCAAGAGAAAAAUGAACCUCAGACCUAAGAUCAUCAUUUGCAUCACACCAUUUCAGUUUGAGGUCUUUCAGAUUUUUAAAAAGUUAAUUUAAUAAAAGUCACACUAGUCUUCAGAGAAUUGCUAUCCCUAUUUCUUGACUUUUAGCAGUAAGAGCAAGCUCUCUCUGCAAAGGAGAGUUUCAGACUCUGCACUGGGGAAGGGACCCGAAGCAAAAAGGGCUGACAAAACACUCUUCUGGGUGCUUUUUGAAGCCAG